GGUGACUAUGGACGGAAUGGCAUAAUUAUAUCUGAACUGAUUUCAACUUUAGGUAAUAAAACAAACCAAACAAAGUAACACUGGAGAGAACGUAUUGUUCUGUGAAUGAUAUCAAGACUUUUUUUAAAUUAAUGAUUGAAGGUAUUAAGAUGAGACAAUGUGGGAUUAAAACUUGCCAAAAUUGUGUAGAGCAUUCUGACGUCAGGCAAGCGGAAAACGCUACUUUAACUUUACUGCGCAUAAGCUCCAAAUAUAAUCACUAUGAUGCAGCCUAUGAUGACAGACAUGGUACGACGAAUGAUUUCGGUGGAUGGUUAUCGCGUGAAAACGGACAUCCUGUGGACUUUUUGUCAGGAAAGCCGAAAUCCAAGCCUAUAUUCCCUUACAGACUUUAUUACAACCAAUCAAAAGCCAAUAGGAACGUCACCUUUACACAUUGUGAGGAUAUUAAGAUGUAUAUGGAAAAGUAUCGAACUCUGAAUACAUGUGAAGGCGUUUGUCGGCGCGUUUUAGAUGAAUAUGCAUCGUUAAUGACACGACUAUCGUUUGCUGUCAAAGUGAAAUUGAAUCGAUUAGUCAGAGAAUUACAGAACAAAGAACAGGAAUAUAAUAUCUCAGAUGGAGAUCACGAAAAAGAGAGUCCAGUGUACGAGAAGAAGCAAGUGCUGCAUGUCAAUGACUCGAAUAUUAGAGGAGUGACGGUGAAUUUGACACCAUUACGGAACACAAAGGCAACGUCUGCAAUUCCCACCGGUUACAUUCGACAGCGAACUAGUCUGAAUUCCAAACCUGCUGUCGAGGCUUCCCACAUUGCCACUCUUGACAUCCAGAAUGUGUAUGACUUCAGUGUCUGCACGACGUCCUCAACAGAAACCGUCAAAUCGUCGACAGGCCUAACUAACAAUACUAUAGACAGGGAGAUGUUAGAAAAUAGUUUUCUAAGGAUUCCCUUUCACUCACAAAUAAGACUUAACAGCCGUCAUAUUUGUCCAUUAAAAUCCGCUGAAUAUCAGUCUUCACCUGAGGGUUAUUUGCAUCGAACAUCGAGAGCAUCGGUAAAAUGCAGCCCCAUAAAUCCCACUCUUGUUCGCCGAGUACCUUUCAGAAGAACUGUGAGUCUUCUAGGUAGUAAUACGAUCAUACAAGGCAGUCAGUAUUGUACAGAAGAGCAACAUAUUGAAAGAAGCAUAGGAAAAUGAUUGACAGAACAAAUGUAAACGAGUUAUAAUUUAACAAUUUCUUCUUAAAUUUGUUUAGGAUACGUGUACCCAUCACUUCGAUGCAUCAUUUUAUGUAAUUUAUACUCCCAUCAGAGACCUGUUUUGCGGGAUUCGAACCUGCAACCUCUCGCUGUCAUCAUCAUCAUCAUCAUAAUCAGCAUCAUUGCCAUAAAAUCCCACAACUCACCAUCAUCGUUAUAACUGUCAAAGAACUAAUAACAAUGUCUGCUUAUCUGUACCUUCUUUUCGAACUGAGUCUUGGGCGACCAUUUCUGCAGGGCUGGUGGAACGUUUUUCAAAGUGAAGGGGCCCACUAGUAAGAUGAAUGGGAAUACACAAAAAUCUGCAUAGACAUUAUAUAUUUUCUGUCAAAAGAGUGGGGGGGGGGGGCAAUACCCCCGGCCUAUCCCCCACCCCGGUUCCGCCGGCAGUGGGCAGUAUCGGUAUACAAUAAAAAGUAGCAAUACCGACGAUGGCGAGUGUCGUCUUAUAUGCCCGACAUACAAAAAUCAUCCAAAACUUUUCUCAAACCCCGUCGGGACAUCUGGACCCCACGCUUUGACCCCCUGUCGGGGAAUUUCCAGCAAGGUCGUCGAAGAAAUGAAAAUCUCAACCGCCGAAAAUACAAUUUAGGUAUGACUUUAUUUUACAAAUUUUAGGGAUUAAAAACUGUUUAGUGCAAGCAGUGCUACCGUAUGUGCGAGGUGUUGUGCACAAGCGCGAUAAAAAAAAAAUACCAUAAUCAACACAAUUUUCUCCCACGGGGAGGGUGGGGCUGGACCACUUGUCUGGGAGCUUGGACCUUCUCGUCGGGGAAUUCCUGGCGCAGCCCCUGUAUUAAGUUUACAAAAAUAGAUACAUGGAUAAAAAAUUAGAUACUUACGUACGGAGCUAUUGUUUGUAGUGUGCUCUCUGGGAAAUCCAAGUAAAGUUUCUGUUUGUUUUACACGACAUUGUCCUGCACAUCCUUCAAAAUGCAAAAUUUAAUAACCAUUUCUUCUUUUGCUAUUUUUGACCGACCAUUAACAACGCUAGGCCUAUAAGUAUAGUACAUGUAGGUCUAUAUAACCUGAACGAAUAAUAAAUGUAAAAUGAAUGAUAUUAUAGAGUUGCACCACUUUUAUUUCUAAUACCAAUGGUAAUCCUGGAUACGGCUCUGGUCUUUGAAACCAUGGAGGAAUUAGGAACUUUAUAUUAUACAGUGCAGGCCCUAUCUAACUGAUAUGCUUAUCGCCAUGAGAUGUGUACUGACAACCAUUGUUGUAUUUUACAAACAUUGGUUUGGCUAAGUGAGCCGCGACAUUUUGGUAGAAUACGAGCAUUAGUCAAAAUAAUUGCGAUUGAAGAAAAUCGUCAACGAAUUUAUUUUAGUCGAUCAGAAUAAAAUGCUCAAAUUCUUACAUAAAAAAACCAAAGUCAAGCACCCAGUUUGACAACGCUAUAAUUGACCGAUAAGUUAGAAUUAUACUUUAAAUUGGAACUAAUUUUGUGUGAAUACAGUGUAGGCCUAUUGUGAAAUGGUAGACAUAUUCUCCGGAUGAAUUGAGAAGUUUAUUUUUUGGUUAAUAAAUGCAAUACAAGAAACAUAAAUGAACUAAAAUAGAAAUAACAAUUCACAUACACGAGUUGCCGGAUAUUAUGCUUAUAUAGACCAAUAUAUCCUAUAAGUUUCUGAAAUUCCCAUGAAGUAUAAUUAUCGUUAGAAUGGACUGUUUGAAAAGUCCAAAAAGUUGCAAAUAUUUUAAAAUUCUGUUUUCACUUCCUAGGUAGUC